AUUAGCGAUGACUUCCGAAGACUGUCAAGCACCUCUGAAUUUUAUCCACCAAUCAUGUCUUAUUACGGAGUGCGAUUAUCGCAAACUUCAUAUGACAAGAAAAUCGUGCACAACAAAUUUUUUUUUUUUUAAGUACGUCAACUUCGUUCUCGAGUUCCAUUCUGGCUUCUCGUGUCAACGAUGGAAAACGCGAACGUUUCGUUAUCAAUUAUGUUUCAAUGCUUGCUAUAUAUUGCCGUUUUCGCUGACGACGAAACAUUCACCACUUCUCGUUCGUCAUACUUCACAACGCGAGAAAAUAAACGCCUGGAGGGGCACGUUGUCAAACGGUUUAAUUCUCCUAGCCUGUUAUCGUGCAGCCAUCAAUGUGCGAGAAAUACAUGGUGCACUUCUGCCAACUUCAAGUUGCCAUCAAAGGAGAACGGCCAAGCCGGAACUUGUGAGCUGAACAAGCACAACAUUUCUGUCGUCAGUAGUGAAAAUACAGAAUUUCGUGAUCAGCAGGGCGUCGUGUUCUUGAUGUUCUUGGAGGGUUGUCAUCAGUUCGACAGUGACGGGAUCUGCGUAAUUACAGGAAAGAGCUGCCGAGAUAUUAAGAGAGUACACCCACAUGCUCGCGAUGGAAUGUACCGCAUACAGCCGGAUAGCGGAAUCUAGAUGUUCUCGGCGUACUGUGAUAUGACGUCAUUUGGUGGCGGAUGGACAAUGUGCUACUCAGCCAACAAUGUAGUUAAUCCAAAAGUGGAAGUGACGUAUGAUGAAAUGCUACCUUAUGGAACAAAUGGUUACAGAUCAGACUGCAACAACAUACCGGUAACCGUGCUCAUUUUACUGAGCUCUUGCAAAAUGCAUGCUAUUAUUCUCAAAUUCCAUGCUCUUUGCAGCACUCGGAAUACUGUGUGGCAUUGAAGCUCUGGUAUAAUGAUUAAACUUUUGAGCUCCCCAAUAUUAAUACGAUCGCUUUAUGAGAACUAACCCAGUUCCAAAUCCAAUUACAGGCCGCUUUAAACACAGUGAACUAUAAGAAUUCGGUAAAUCAUCAACACAACAAGCCUGUCUCGUAAGUAUGAAUAUAUUAUGUUUAAUAUCUCAGUCCCCCCCCUUUCUUUUAACCCUUAAGUCUUGUAGUGGUGGGUAUAUCCUUUCAUAUGACGCCCCCGGCCCCCCACCUUUAUAUAGAUGUGUGUCGAUGUACCUCGAGUCUUCGUCCCUCACUGCAGAUGCUGGAUACGGGGGUACAAGUACAAAUGUACUGAUCCGAAUGUUUUUUUCCAUUAAAACCUUUUUUAUUGCAGUUUCACGAGAUUCUUUUCGUGGACGAAGCGACAGGACAAAAAGCCUUUUUCACAUACAAGCUCAGUUCCACUCUUGUAGCCGCAGCAAAUUACGGAAAACAAUUUCCAUCAACAUGGCUUGGAAAUGGCGUAGCAGACACAAAGUAUGAGUAUCAGUUGCUUAUCUGCGAUACAUAUUUUUACUCUGGCUACUUCAUAUCCGGUUAUACACGCUGCUAUAAAGUAUGCACUCGUUGGUGCGGUGACAUACUCUCCCCCUACUUCCGGUCAGCGUCUACCAACUCAGGUUUUGCCGGAGUCGCCUUUAACAUCAAUGGUCAUUUUCCUCGAAAACCCCGCCUAAUCAGUGUUGGGUUAAGAUGAAUCGCACUUUAAUGGUGGAAUGCACCAGGCCUCUCUCAUGCUGAAUACCGUAGCCUAGCUCCCAGCCCUCCUCGUUCCGGGCAUUAGCUCAUGGACCAUCGAUCACAAGAUGGAAGACUUACUGGUUCCCAGGAUAUCGUCGUUCGUGAUCUGAGAGCGCUAAAAAGAGGAAGCUAGGGACUACGCUACAGCCAGUUUAUUAACAACCUGGGACAGUUUUCAAUAACUAAGUUUGGCAGGGAGUUCCACAGCUGUAGAUAUUGUGUAAGCUACUUUAAGUCUAAACACUAAGAUAUAUAUUUAAACGUUGUUUAUUUGUCAGGUCUGUUUCAGUGAUUCAAAUCUUUGAAAGUUAUCGAGAUAACAAAGAAAUAAUUGAGCUGCAUCGAGUUUCCUCCGUCGGCGAAGUUAAAAGAAAGAAAACGAAGUAGGUAAAUGUUACGAAAAAAAUUCGAAAUUUAAGUGCCAUUUGAAAUGCUCUUUUAAGCAAGGAAAAUACAAUUAAAAACGACCUCCAGAUACAAUGGAGAGAAGCUCUCGGGAACGUUACGAUUUGAUUUUAACUUGCGUUUGAAUCAGCUCUUAAUUCAGAUUAUCACGCGCAUUGGCGUUGGAGGUCCUUAAUCUUAUCUCUUCUCAAAGUACACAUCUCUCAAGGCCCGGUCCCUCCAGGUACACAUUGAAGUGGGGCUCAUUUUGAGGGGGAGCCCGAGAUGGAUUGUGCACUUCCCGUUAAUAGUUUGUAUAAGUUCGCCACUCAAGGGACAACUUAUUUUCACUCCUUUGCAAAAGAAGUUGUCGUCCGUAAUCUUGGGUCUUCAAAGCAAAAUGAAAUGAAACAGAGAAAUUAAAUAACAUUUUUAAUACGUAAACUGCGUAGCGUCUCAGAUUACAAUUCGUAGAUUGGCGAAAAAGUACAUAGUGAGCAACUAAUUUUUGUCAGACGUUGCUAAAUGACAUGACAAUAUAAUACCUUACUUCAGGGAGACGUCUAGCUGCUGUACGCACACAUCCUUAUAGUCCAGUUCUGGCCCUCUCUCUGUCACGCAGCGCUACGCUCUCUCUCGGGAGGGACCCUCUCGCCAAAAAGCGUAGCGCUGCGUGACAAAGAGAGAGGGAGAGAACUGGACCGACGUCCUUAUGUCACAUAUUAAAGGACGUCUUGCGUAGGACGCUAGGAGCCGUCACGAGGGCUAGUGUUACAUUCUCUUUUUGGAUUAUAUUCUGUUUUUGGAUCGAAGCAAAAGAAUCCUCUCGAGAGUUUUACCAGAUAGAAGAUUCGCCAAAUCAGGAAAUAUUGUUUACCCAGUGAAUUGAAACUCUGGACCAAUGUUGAUUUAACACCACCUCUAUAGCCUCAGCAGUUUAUAAUUAUCUGUUUCUUGGGAUUCUCAACUUACCCUUCUUUUCGUGAGAUAACAAAGUGUUCCACUCUUUGAACUGUGCCGCUUCUAUCCAUGUAGUGAUCACGAUGGCUCUGGGCAAGCUUAAAAUGAUACAUAUACAAAACGAAGUGUAAACAAUAGCCCUAACUCGUGUGUACUGGGUUACUUUGUACUCUCUCAGCCCAUACAAGUGUAAAGGCGAGUUAAUAAAC